CCAGCAGAGCUCAGAGGUUCCCAGUGUUCAGUCUGCCCAGCAGCAUCAAACACAGCUGGACUCCAUAUUUAUGCUGCUGGAGGACAACAUCAUCACUUUUGUGAAGAACGAGCUGAAGAAGAUCCAGAAGGCUCUGAAUCCAAAUAAGCCCAAAUGCUUGAAGUUUCAGAGGGAGGAUGAUGAGCAGAGGAGCAGCAGAGAGGCAUUUGUGAAGAUCACAGUGGACUUCCUGAGGAGAAUGAAGCAGCAGGAGCUGGCUGACCGUCUGCAGAACAAACUUCAAGCUGCAGUUUGUCAUCGUAACCUUAAAUCCUCCCUGAAGAAGAAGUUCCAGUGUGUGUUUGAGGGCAUCGCUAAAGCAGGAAACCCAACCCUUCUGAAUCAGAUGUACACAGAGCUCUACAUCACAGAGGGAGGGACUGCAGAGGUCAAUGAUGAACAUGAGGUCAGACAGAUUGAAACAGCAUCCAGGAAACCAGACAGACCAGAAACAACAAUCAGACAAGAAGACAUCUUUAAAGCUUUACCUGGAGGAGAUGAACCAAUCAGAACAGUGCUGACAAAGGGAGUGGCUGGCAUUGGGAAAACAGUCUUAACACAGAAAUACACCCUGGACUGGGCUGAAGACAAAGCCAACCAGGACAUCCAGUUCAUAUUUCCAUUCACUUUCAGAGAGCUGAAUGUGCUGAAAGAGGAAAAGUUCAGCUUGGUGGAACUUGUUCAUCGCUUCUUUACUGAAACCAAAGAAGCAGGAAUCUGCAGCUUUGAAGACUUCCAGGUUGUGUUCAUCUUUGAUGGUCUGGAUGAGUGUCGACUUCCUCUGGACUUCCACAAAACUACAAUCCUAACUGACCCUAGAAAGUCCACCUCAGUGGAUGUGCUGCUGAUAAACCUCAUCAGGGGGAAACUGCUUCCCUCUGCUCGCCUCUGGAUAACCACACGGCCUGCAGCAGCCAAUCAGAUCCCUCCACAGUGUGUUGGCAUGGUGACAGAGGUCAGAGGGUUCACUGACCCACAGAAGGAGGAGUACUUCAGGAAGAGAUUCAGAGAUGAGAAGCAGGCCAGCAGGAUCAUCUCCCACAUCAAGACAUCACGAAGCCUCCACAUCAUGUGCCACAUCCCAGUCUUCUGCUGGAUCACUGCUACAGUUCUGGAGGAUGUGCUGGAAACCAGAGAGGGAGGACAGCUGCCCAAGACCCUGACUGAGAUGUACAUCCACUUCCUGGUGGUUCAGGCCAAAGUGAAGAAGGUCAAGUAUGAUGGAGGAGCUGAGACAGAUCCACACUGGAGUCCAGAGAGCAGGAAGAUGAUUGAGUCUCUGGGAAAACUGGCUUUUGAUCAGCUGCAGAAAGGAAACCUGAUCUUCUAUGAAUCAGACCUGACAGAGUGUGGCAUCGAUAUCAGAGCAGCCUCAGUGUACUCAGGAGUGUUCACACAGAUCUUUAAAGAGGAGAGAGGACUGUACCAGGACAAGGUGUUCUGCUUCAUCCAUCUGAGUGUUCAGGAGUUUCUGGCUGCUCUCCAUGUCCAUCUGACCUUCAUCAACUCUGGACUCAAUCUGAUGGAACAGAAACAAACAACCUUGAUGUUGUCUAAAUUAAUUAGCAAACCAAACCUACAAUCUUUUCACCAGAGUGCUGUGGACAAAGCCUUACAGAGUCCAAAUGGACACCUGGACUUGUUCCUCCGCUUCCUCCUGGGUCUUUCACUGCAGACCAAUCAGAGUCUCCUACGAGGUCUGCUGACACAGACAGGAAGUAGCUCUCAGACCAAUCAGGAAACAGUUCAGUACAUCAAGGAGAAGCUCAGUGAGAAUCUGUCUGCAGAGAAAAGCAUCAAUCUGUUCCACUGUCUGAAUGAACUGAAUGAUCGUUCUCUAGUGGAGGAGAUCCAAUGGUACACUAGAUCAGGACGUCUCUCCACAGGUAAACUGUCUCCUGCUCAGUGGUCAGCUCUGGUCUUCAUCUUACUGUCAUCAGAAAAAGAUCUGGAUGUGUUUGACCUGAAGAAAUACUCUGCUUCAGAGGAGGCUCUUCUGAGGCUGCUGCCAGUGGUCAAAGCCUCCAACAAAGCUCUGCUGAGUGUUCCUGGCCUCUCAGAGAGAGGCUGUGAUGCUCUGUCCUCAGUUCUCAGCUCCCAGUCCUCUAGUCUGAGAGAGCUGGACCUGAGUAACUCUGACCUGCAGGAUUCAGGAGUGAAGCUUCUGUCUGCUGGAGUGAAGAGUCCACACUGUAAAAUAGAAACUCUCAGUCUGUCAGGCUGUCUGAUCACAGAGGAAGGCUGUACUUCUCUGGCCUCAGCUCUGAGCUCCAACCCCUCCCAUCUGAGAGAGCUGGACCUGAGCUACAAUCAUCCAGGAGACUCAGGAAUGAAGCUGCUGUCGGCUGGACUGAAGGAUCCAGGCUGGAGACUGGACACUCUCAGGGUGGAGCCUGCUGGAGUCCGAUGGUUGAGACCAGGUGGUCUGAGGAAGUAUUCCUGUCAACUCACAAUCGACACAAACACAGUGAACACAAAGCUCCAACUGUCUGACAACAACAGGAAGGUGACACGUGUGGAGGAGGUUCAGUCAUAUCCUGAUCAUCCAGACAGAUUUGAUGUUUAUACUCAGCUGCUGUGUAGAAAUGGUCUGACUGGUCGCUGUUACUGGGAGGUCGAGUGGAGAGGAAACGUUUUUAUAUCAGUGAGUUACAGAAGCAUCAGAAGGAAAGGAGGCAGUGCGUUUGGACACAAUCAUCAGUCCUGGAGUCUGGAGUGUGAUUACAAUGGUCCUCAUUCUGUCUGGCACAAUAACAGACAAACAUCCAUCUCCUCCUCCUCCUCCUCCUCCUCUGUCUCUAACAGAGCAGCAGUGUAUGUGGACUGUCCUGCUGGCACUCUGUCCUUCUACAGAGUCUCCUCUGACACUCUGAUCCACCUCCACACCUUCAACACCACAUUCACUCAAACUCUUUAUCCUGGGUUUAAUGUCUGGUCUCGUGCCUCAGUGUCCCUGUGCUGAGUGUAAAGAGUGUCUCCUGUUAGAGAAACACUCUGACUGUUGAACAGAUAGUUCAGUCUGUACAUGUCUGUCUCUUUCACUCACAAACACGUUUUCACAUUAAUGGAUUCAAUCAGUUGAUGUUUGAAACUCUUCUAAAUGAUUCCUUGUAAACUUCUUCCUCUUCAGUCACAAACAAACAGGAAGUGAUGUCACAUGUGUUCCUGUCCACAGCAGAAUGAGUCUAUUGCUGACAGUGAUGUACAAACAGAGUGAGCAUUUCUGAGGCCCAAAAUAAACUGAGUAGUUCACUGAAUGAACAAUGGACUGUGAGCUCAGUUCCUUCAUCAUUAGUAUGGAUUAUAUAUGUAUAUGUAUUAUAUUAGUAUCAUAUAUAUCAGGUGCUGCUGGUUUCAGUCAUUGUGCAAAUGUGCUGUUUGUAAGGUUGUAAAGCUGCAGUCAGCUGAGACUGAAGAAGUCACCUGAUCAGUGAGCAAACGUGAAAACGUCCAGAUGAACAGAAUCAACCUUUUGGGAUCAGCCAGCAAUGCAGCAUCAUUGUUGUUCAGGUUCAGAGGUUUGCAGGAAUGAACUGAUGACCAGAAACAGCUGCAAAGUCCAAUCAAAUACCAGCUGGAGUUCAGCUGCAUUUGAAGAAGUCAAAGAAAAGUAAGGAUGGCAAAGGGCGAUGUUUUCUUCCAAAGAACUGAAAACAUGGUCGGCGCCUCAUUAGAAGAAUAAUCUGGACAUUUGUGAGGAACUCUAACCAAGAAAGAAA